AUGGGAAUAUGUCAUGUAUUUAAUGCUAGCCGAUUUCGACCAGAUGCCCAUCAACACCAUGCCUUCCCCCAGCAACAACCAUUGAAAGUCAUCAGGCAUCACAGAGAAUUACCUGAUGAUACAUCAGAUGAUUCAAAGCCUGUGAAGCAUCUGAAGAUCAUCAGCCUGACUAAGUCUGGCAAUAAACCAUCCCAAAGUUCAGCCUUGUCUCUUCCUGUGACUGGGCUGGCUCAGAAGGAUUCAACUGAUUCGGAAGGUACCAUCUCUAAUGAGAGUAGUCCCGAACGACUGGAUGCGGUACAUAUGGGUCUGACUGUACCUAUCACUGACAAUGUGUCCGAUGGCAUAGAUAAGGUGAAGGUGCCCAAAGCACCUGUUCCUGAUGUCGUAGUGAUUAAGACUGGAAUAGUCGCCGUUGAUGGGCCCAUUAAGGAUGACCUCUUGUCAGUGUCCUUACCCAUUGAACAGGCUAAAGUUGUUGUUGUGUCUGAGCCUGGCACCGUGUUGAAGGGACCCAAGUUGGUAGUAGGAGCUUCCAAGCAUGUCAUGUCCAUACUCCCUUGCAUUGAAGAAUUAACUUUGGUGUUCAGGCGUGAUGAUGUAUUGACCAUUGUUCCCUUCUAUUUGGAGGAUCAUCUCCAAGGAAACCGAACCUUAGCCAAGCAUAUAUACAACUUUGCAUUACAUAUGGAAGGCCACAAUAUGGUUAAUCUGUUCACUGCAGAUCCUCGUGCAUAUCAUGUCACCUAUUUUGGUGAAAAUCGGCGUGUUGUGGACAAGAAGGACAUCGAGUGCAGCUUCUUUACGGUCAGGCACGUCACUUAUUCCAGUCUGACCGAGGGUAUGUGGGCUCGUGAGGUGAACAUCCAACCUCUAGCUAGGACAUGGCCUCGGCAGCAUGCUGUUCUUUCUCAGAUUCUCCAGUACAAUAAUGUCAUCAUUUCUUCCUACAAGUCUGGUAUACAAUUCUCUACCGCUAGAAAGCCCAGUGGUGCCAUCCGCCCUUGGAAUGUUGACGUGCCCUUAUUUCGCAGUGUGCAGCCUUUCCGGCUUACAGAGUACACUAAACUACCUAUGGACUUCAAAGAUCUGUCUCCUGGCAAAUUCGUCCUGUUGGUUUUCAUGGUAUCUGGUUAUAAGAAUAAGAAGGGUUUCAAUGUCACCUCUUUGAAUGUGCAAUUCAGUAUUCGCUUGUCCAAUUUCAGCUCAUAUGAUGAGGAUGAAGGAGAAGAGCCUCUACCUGCCUAUCUGUGUGAUGAGACACCCCUCGGUGUAGACAAGACUACUCUUAUGAUGGCAGUUGAUGACGAGUUGGUGUUUGAUCGAGACAUUGAGGUUCCUGGUUCUGAAGAUGGGCCAUUGUUUUAG